AUGGGGAGAGAUCAGCAGGCAGCUGCAGCGGUGAUGGCUCCUGAGAAGCUGAAGCUGUUCAUGGGAGUGCUGGCCCUGCAGUUCCUCCUUGCAGGGUUCCACAUUGUCUCCAGGGCGGCGCUCAACAUGGGCAUCAGCAAGAUCGUGUUCAUCGUGUACAGGAACGUCAUCUCCCUCGCCUUGCUCGCUCCGUUCGCCUACUUCCUCGAGAAGAAAGACAGGCCACCACUCACCUUCUCUUUGCUGGUGGAGUUUUUUCUGCUAGCGCUCUGUGGGAUAACUGCAAACCAGGGCUUCUACCUCCUGGGCCUGUAUCACCUAUCACCAACCUACGCCUCUGCGAUACAGAAUACCGUCCCUGCAAUCACCUUCGCCAUGGCCGCUGUCCUCAGGCUUGAGCAGGUGGACCUGAGCAGGAGGCAUGGGGUGGCCAAGGUGGUGGGCACGGUGGUGAGCAUCGGAGGGGCGACCGUGAUAAUCCUGUACAAGGGCCUGCCGCUGUUCCAUCACAAUCUGCACGUCAAGUCUCUGGUGACGCUGUCCUCCUCCAGCCCCAUCCUCAACUGGACUCUCGGCUGCGUCUUCAUCCUCGGCCACUGCCUCUCCUGGUCCGGAUGGAUGGUCCUACAGGUGCCGGUGCUGAAGAGAUACCCAGCCAGGCUCUCGGUUCUGUCACUGACCUGCAUCUUUGGGAUCCUCCAGUUCCUGGCCAUUGCCGUCUUCACCGAGGAGGACCUCAGCAGGUGGAAGGUCCACUCAGGAGUGGAGCUCUUCACGAUCCUAUACGCUGGUCUGGUGGCAUCCGGGGUUGCGUUUGCUCUGCAGAUCUGGUGCAUCGACAGGGGAGGCCCGCUCUUCACCGCCGUCUUCCAGCCAGUGCAGACCGUCGCCGUCGCUGUCAUGGCUGCCGCCAUCCUCGGAGACCAGCUCUACACUGGAGGGAUCAUUGGAGCUGUGCUGAUCGUCAUCGGCCUCUACUUCGUGCUGUGGGGCAAGAGCGCGGAGAAGAAGGGCGCCACCAGGAACCUGCAGGAUCAGCUGGCGUAUCAGGGAGGAGACGUGACGCAGCACCUGCUCGGCGGAGAAGCUUCGGUGAAAGAUGAAGAAGCCCCGGCCACUGACUGA